AUGCGAUCCUCUCCCUUCAAACACCAGCCCUGGUCUCUCGAGGCUUGCGAGCGCCGAAAGCUGCUUCUCCUCCUUUCCAGCUCCCCCGAGCAGGAGUCUGACGAGAGAAAAUGUAAUUACGAGCGGUACCGAGGCCUGGUGCAGAACGAUUUUGCCGGCAUCUCGGAGGAGCAGUGCCUCUACCAGAUCUACAUCGACGAGCUCUACGGGGGACUCCAGAAGCCAAACGAAGAUGAAAAAAAGAAGCUGGCGGAGAAAAAGGCCUCCAUCGGCUACACGUAUGAGGACAGCACCGUGGCCGAGCUCGAGAACUCCUUGGAGAAGCGAGGGGAGGAGGAAGACUCGGAGGAAGACAGCAACACAGACGAGGACGAAGUCAUCCCCGAUAUCGAUGUGGAAGUGGACGUGGACGAGCUGAACCAGGAGCAAGUGGCCGACCUGAACAAACAGGCGACCACGUACGGCAUGGCGGAGGGGGACUUUGUCAGGAUGUUGCGGAAGGACAAAGAAGAGGCAGAAGCGAUUAAAAACGCCAAAGCUCUAGAAGAGGAAAAGGCGAUGUACUCGGGCCGUCGCUCUCGCCGCCAGAGGAGGGAGUUCAGGGAGAAACGCUUGAAGGGGAGGAAGAUCAGCCCUCCCAGCUACGCACGGAGAGACAGCCCCACCUACGAUCCCUACAAACGCUCCCCCUCGGAAUCCACUUCCGAAUCCCGUUCCCGUUCCCGCACCCCGUCUCCCGGCCACGAAGAGAAGAUCACCUUCAUCACCAGCUUCGGUGGGAGCG